AUGGCAGGCUGGCACAAAGCCGUACUCACUCUGAUGAUUUUCGCGUUGUUGUUCGGUUCAAUUGCAGCUAUCGCUAUUGCCUUGAGCACAUACCGAAGAAAUCACGCUCGUCUUCUGACAGUAACCUUCAAUGGAUUCGCAUUUUUGUCGUGUAAGUAUCGUAUGUUGCCUCAUCAAGAUCCGAGUAUAUUGCCUCAUGUGCAGAAUCGAUCCGAGUAUAUUGCCUCAUUUAUGUUUCUGUCGAUUGCACUUGCCGUCUUCGUGAUUAAUGCCGAGAUGCUCGAAGCAAGAUAUUUGAUUGGUGUGAAGAACACAUUCAGAAAGGAAUACGGUUAUUCAUUCUAUUUGGCUGCUUUUGCGACACUUUGCUUAUUGUUCGCUCAGUUGGCCGGUGUGUUGGUUACCACGUUUGUGUUCUUUGCAAAAGACUCGCAUGAGCAUAGCGUUGUACCGGGCGCAGACGACCACGAAAUAUGGCAACGAAAUCAACUUUACGCGCUGAAAAAAAUGAGGGAUGCCCAGCUUCAAUCGAGUCGCAUAAGCUCGAACAGUGCAAUACCAGUGUUUGAGCAACAAGUUUUCGAGCAGCCACCCCGACCUGGCAGUGUUUUGGGUGGUUCACAGACGAUCACAUCGUUAUCACCAGCAGCAGACUAUUGGCAGUCGAGACGUGCAAAUAAUCAUUAUUAG